AUGCCACACCAGCCGAAGACAAUCCACAACAGAUCUCACAAAAAGAAGCCCAUGUCGGUGAACUCGUUUAGCGCAGCGUCGAGAUGCCCCCAGGCUUAUCUCGACAUUGAAGACGAAGACGAGGAGGAGGAUCUUGUCAUUCAGCAGCUCCUAUAUCCUGAUCCUCAUGCUGUCGCCCAGCGACGCGGAGGGUCACGCCCCGGCAAACGUGCCAACAAGAACCGAGACUUUCAGACGCGUUACCAGCGCUUCGUAGAGCAGUAUUUUGCGCCGAUUCCAGUCUAUGAUGAUGAUGACUUUAGAAUUCGAAAUCGCAUGAGCAAGACUAUGUUUUAUCGCGUUUUGAACGGUGUACUUGAUGCAGAUUCCGCGUAUUUUGAGCAGCGACCGAAUGCAGCAAAGAAAAUGGGCAUUCACCCUCUUAUGAAGAUGUCCAAGACGGCUAUCUACAAUAACGUCUGUCAUUUCGUGGAUGCCGUGGACAAGCAGUUUGGUGACGAGUAUCUACGAUCUCCUACGGAAUCAGAUAUGAAGCGGCUACUCGAAUUACGCGGCGUGGAUUUGUCGGAAUGUGGUGCAGCAUCGACUGCAUGCACUGGGAGUGGCAAAACUGCCCGACCGGUUGGGCUGGGCUGCUUAAAGGCAAGGAGAAAAAACCUACGGUUGUUCUGGAGGCGUGCGCAGAUAAGGAGCUUUGGAUUUGGCACGCUAGCUUUGGCUGGCUUGGAGCGCUAA